AUGAACGUAAUAACCGCUGCAACAGUCCUGUUUUUGGUGUUCCAGUUGAUCCAUUACGCUCAGUUUCUAAUAUUCAGACGAAAAGAUGACGAUACUCCAAAUGAUCUCAUUUACAGUUCCCGAAGAGAUAUCAAACAAAAAUUAUUUGUCAAUGGACAUGAUUUGGAUUUCCUCUAUUGGAACUAUAUUCUUGGAAAUGAUAAGCCAAUAGAAAUUGAAUUUGGUAAUGAAUCAAGUGUACUCGACUAUUGGAUUGAUGAUUUACCUUUAAAAGUCAUUACUCACGGAUGGCUUGCGUCAGACGACAAUUGCACUGGAGUGUUUGUCAUUAAAACCGCUUAUGUCGAUGUUGGAGGGUACAACGUGGUCACGGUGGAUUGGAGCAAGAUCGCAGAAGAUAUCAUCUAUCACAAGCCGGCUAUUCUGACCGCACCCGUGGGUAAAGUGAUCGCCGAAUUUUUGGAUCGUAUGGUCGCAUACACAGGGACACAAGCGUCUGACAUACAUUUAUUAGGCCACAGUCUCGGUGCCCACGUCAUGGGGUCGUGUGGUUCUAAUUUUAAGUCGGGAAAAAUCGGCAGGAUCACCGGUUUGGAUCCAGCCUCCCCGGGGUUUGAGAAUAUUCCUAUCCAGAAAGAACGCUUGAGCAAAGACGAUGCCGAGUUUGUGGACGUGAUACACACUGCUGGAGGGACUCUUGGUUUUAUGGAUAGUAUGGGCCACGUCGAUUUCUAUCCCAACGGUGGAGUAGCGCCACAACCAGGAUAUGAUCUCUUGUUGUUCAAGAUGGUAGAUGCCAUACUUGGCAGUCAUUCGAGAGCCUAUGAUCUCUAUGCCGACUCAGUGUAUAAUAGAGAAUCUUUAGUCGCUACACGAUGUAAUGCGUGGUCGGCCUUUAUGUCGAACAAGUGUGUAAACAACUCUAAAACACUGAUGGGACACGACGCAACAUACAGUGAUCUGGCUCUGGGUGAUUUCUACUUGAAGACCAACCUAUCGAGUCCUUUUGGUUUUUUUUAAGCUUAUUUAUACGACUAUGUAAUAUUACAAAUAGAAUAAUGAAUACGUUCAAACUAAAAAACAUGUCAUAUUAUAAUAAUCAAUUGUAGAGGUACAAUACAUGCUAUGAAUACAAUUUUUUUUCGUUGUUUGUACAUAGUCUUAUUCACCAAAAGCAAAUAAACAAUAUUUAUCAAUA